AUGUCGUUGUUGCAAAAGAUCGUCAAGAAUCAGGCUAUGAAGCAGGAUCCUCCUGAGAUUUAUGGAUGGAGGGUCUAUGCACUUGCCUGCUCGGCCUGCUUCGGUGGUUUGAUCUUUGGUAUCGACACGGGAGUCAUCGGCGGUGUCCUUCGUAUGCCCGAGUUCCAAGAGCUAUACAAGCUCACCGAUGAAUAUGUUAGCGCCAUCGACCGCGCCAACCUAAGUGCCAACAUCGUGAGCACCCUCCAGGCGGGAUGUUUCCUCGGUGCCCUGCUCGCCGCCCAGGCCGCCGACCGCUUCGGCCGAAGACCCGUCCUCAUCUGGGCCGCUGGCGGUUUCAGCGUCAUCGGCGUCAUUUUCCAGGCCGCUGCUUCCGGUCACUUGGCUCCCAUGUACAUCGGCAGAUUCAUCAGUGGUUUCGGUACCGGUUUCGCUUCCAUGGUCAACCCCCUCUACGUCGCCGAAAACGCCCCUCGGGCCAUUCGCGGCGGUCUAACCGGCAUCUACCAACUGUUCAUCGUCACCGGCAUCUUCCUGGCGUACUGGAUCAACUACGGCUGCAUCCAGCACAUCACCGGAACCGCACGGUACAUGAUCCCCCUCAUCUUCCAGGGCGUGCCUCCCCUGCUGCUCAUGAUCUCCAUGUUCCUCUGCAACGAGAGCCCCCGGUACUUGGCCAAGCAAGACAAGUGGGAAGAAGCCAUGUCCGUCCUCUCCCGCGUCCGCGCCCUGCCGCCCGACCACCCGUACGUCGCCGAAGAGUUCAACAACAUCCGACUCGCCAUCGAAGAAGAGAACGCCAUCCUCUCCGGCGCGAGCUGGCUCAGCCUGCAGAAGGAAAUGUGGCUCGUCCCCGCGAACCGCAGGCGCGCCCUCAUCUCCAUCUCCCUCAUGUUCUUCCAGCAAAUGACCGGCACCAACGCCAUCAACUACUACGCUCCGCAGAUCUUCGCCACGCUGGGCGUCACGGGGGAGUCGAAUGAGCUCUUCGCCACGGGCAUCUACGGCCUCGUCAAGCUCAUCGCCGUCAUCGUCUUCCUCGUCUUCGUCGCCGACUCGCUGGGCCGCCGCCGCUCGCUCAUCUGGACGGGGAUCGGACAGGGCUUGACCAUGCUGUACAUCGGCAUCUUCAUCCGCGUCGCCCAGCCCGAGAUCGGGGGCGACGUCUCCGCCGCCGGCUACGUCGCCCUCGUCUGCGUGUUCCUGUUCGCGUGCAUGUUCCAGUUCGGAUGGGGUCCCGUGUGCUGGAUUUACGUGUCGGAGAUCGCCACCGCUCGGCUGCGCGCCACGAAUGUUUCGUAUGCUGCGGCGACGCAGUGGCUUUUCAACUUUGUCGUGAGCCGCGCUGUGCCGCCCAUGCUGGAGGAUAUGGGGGUCGGUGGGUUUGGCACCUACAUUUUCUUCUCGUGCUUCUGCUUCUCCAUGGCCAUCUUUGUUUGGUUCGUCAUCCCCGAGACGAAGGGCCUUAGCCUGGAGUCGAUGAACGCCCUCUUCGGCUUCCAGGAGGGUCUUGGGAAGAAGCAGGAUGUCGAGACUGCGUCGGUGGACCAGGCGGCGGCUGGUCCGAAGGGUGGUCAGGGGGCCGAUGUCGCCCAGAUCGAGGAACGACCCAGCCCAGCUCCGAAGGGCAAUUAA